AUGACCAGUCGGAAGAGACAGGCCGCAGAUUCUCUACUCCCAGUGCGUUCUGCCAAAUACCAACGCACAGAAGAGAACCAAGGCAUUUGGAAUCGUUGGCGUCAACUCGGAACUGACGCAUUCACACUUGGUUACGAAACGGUCCGCCUCGGAUACCUGUCCCUCAUGAACUCCUCUCAAAAACCAGGUAUAUCUCAAGCCGUAUCCAAACCUAAUCAAACCGGCUCUUUACCCUCGCAAGCUACCCACCCGGCUUUGCCACCUCGUCCACCUAUACCAGACGAGUUUCAUAAAUCCAAAGACUCGCAACCAGUGGCAGGUCGCUCGCGGCUUUCAUAUUCUUUACCAUCGCGUUCAGAAUCUUCCUCGAAUGCAGUUAAUGGAAACGGAAAUUCACCUCCGUCGACCCUCACCGGACACACCUCAGUCACCCCGGUUCCUUCGACAUCGAAGGAACACAUUCAACACAGCCAGUCGUAUGAUUUCACAGGAAGUUCCGCGAACAGACGAGGUGUGGUGGGUGGUAUUUGCCCUCGGCGGGGUCGAGAUCAUAUAUACGCACGUGUUCACAAAGCUAAAGUACAAGAAGAUAGGAAAAAGGACCGCGAAGAGCUGGUGCAAGAACUCUUCCAUUACAAACGUUCCACUGGAUAUACCUCAGAUUUUGACUCUUUUAAGUCUUUGAUUAAUUACCAAGCUCGACUUGAAAUCCUUGAACGACAUGCACUUUCCCCUUCACCAUCACUGACAGAUCUGCGCGCAAAACAGUCUUCACCUGGGCGCUCCCGUAGACACUCGUUCUCAGAUGAUGUUGAUCCUGACUUCCUAGAACGUGCACUUAGAAAGGCCAAGAAGUCAUUUGAGCUUCCACCACCCAAACCGUUCUCUCCCUCGCACGAUCGUCUCCGUUUGUCGGCGCGCCACAAAGACGAGGCUAUUGAGAAGCGUCUGCGGCCAAAGCUACCCAAGGCUCUUCCUCCUGACGCUGACACCAAAGUUAACGCGCUCCUGUGCAAGAAAGGAGUCAUUUCCAAGGUCGCUCGAGAAUCUGUUAAUGAUCGAGAUUUAUCUCGGUUACUGCCCAGUCAAUGGUUGAACGACGAAAUUAUGAACUUUUAUGGUGCGAUGAUCUUGACCCGCUCGGAGUCCAACCGCGACUCUACUGCAAAGAGAAAGAUGCCGGAUGUUCAUUAUUUUAGCACCUUCUUUUGGCCAAAGCUGAAAAAUGAGGGCUAUGAGCAGGGGAGGCUAGCGAAAUGGACAAAGAAGAUUGACAUCUUUUCGAAAGACGUCAUCCUUAUUCCUAUCAACCACAAUAAUUCUCACUGGACUGGGGCUGCCAUAAACUUCCGUCGAAAGCGGAUAGAGUCGUAUGACAGCAUGAAUCUUGACCGACAUCAAGUCUUCAAGACCUUGCGGAGUUAUUUGGACUCAGAACAUAGAAACAAACGAAAGAAACCUUUCGACUUCACUGGGUGGCAGAAUUACAAUCCUGAGGACACACCACAACAGGAGAAUGGUUAUGAUUGUGGCGUGUUCACGUGCCAGUUCUUGGAAUCCUUGUCUAGAGGGGAGGAAGGAUUCCAUUUCUCGCAGCGGGACAUGAUGUACUUGCGGCGGCGGAUGAUUUGGGAAAUUGGUCAUGCCAAGUUCCUGGAUGGCCCAUGA